CUCGUUCGUGGAGGGAGAAGAACGUCGGAAUAAAUGGGAUAAAUAAAGGCAAGUAUAGCAUUUAAAGGCACCGAGGCGUGACUAAGUAGGACUGGAGAAGAAAUCGGAGGAAAGUCCAAGUGUACCCUCACACAAAGAGGACACAACUCUAGUUUUCAUCUUAAAACGUUGUCAGUAGUUUCCCCUGUAUUGCACUCGCGAUGGUGCGGAAAAAGAACAGGUAUCUUUUGGCUGAGAUAAAUUUUGCAGAUGGACGAAAGACAAAAAGAGAUUUGAAAACUGAGGUUGUAUAUAGAAGUGUUCGUGAUGCGCUGCAGCUAGCCUUUGGUGACUAUGGAAUGGGUGUCCUGAAGUCAUCGUUAGUAGUGAAAUACUUGAAUCCAGAAACAAGCAUUGUGAUAGUGCGAGCUAAACGUGACUUCUACCGCAUGGCUCAGACAGCAUUGUCAUUAGUAAAGAAGAUAGACAACAUUGAUGCCUUUUUUCACCUUCUUCAUGUCGGAGGAACCAUUCGAGCAUGUCAGAAAUUUUUGAUCAGACACCACAGACGCCAGUUGCCAUUGUUGUUUCAGCAGUGUUCUACUCAAGAAGAAAGAAAAAGAGUUCAGCAAGCUGUGUUGUCCACCUGUGUUCAGAUGGAGAUGCAUAAAGCUGAAGAAAAGGAGAAAACUGUCAUGGAGAUCAUGGAAGAUGUGUAGUAAUGUGAAUAGAGUGACUGGUGAGUAAAAGGAGGAUUGAGUGUGUGUGUGAGGGGAAGGUGAGCAAGCAAAACUGAACAUGAGAAAGACAGUAAAAGUAUGAAAAUAAAAAUAAACCAUUUUAAAUUGA